CAUCCGUAAACUAACACGUACUCAGAGCGUUUAGAUCACUAAAAUACACUCGCUGCUGGCCCGAAGCGCGCCAAGCAAGGAAGCAAGCAUGUCGGAAACGGGAAGCACGAGCCGGGAGCAAGAGGCGGCUCCGCGCGCCUCGCUGCCGCGCGCGGUGCGGCUUCAGGUCGCCGUGUUCUCGGCCGCCAUCGACGUCAUCAACCGCCGCGACGGCACCGUCAACCGCCGCCUCUACUCCGUCGCCGACCGCGUCCUCCGCGUGCGCGCGGGCCCCCGCCCGGACCCUUCCGGCGUCCGCUCCGCCGACUUCGACGUCGACGCGUCGCGCGGCCUCUGGGCGCGCGUCUUCUCCUUCUCCUCCCCCGUUCCCCAGGCCCCGCUCCCGGUCGUCGUCUACUUCCACGGCGGCGGCUUCGCCAUGUUCUCCGCGCGCCAGUGCUACUUCGACCGCCUGUGCCGCCGCAUCUGCCGCGGCGUCGGCGCGGUCGUCGUCUCCGUCGAGUACCGCCUCGCGCCCGAGCACCCCUACCCGGCCGCCUACGACGACGCGGUGGACACGCUCCGCUUCAUCGACGCCAAUGGCGUCCCGGGGAUGGACGAGGGGGUCCGGGUGGACCUCUCCAGCUGCUUCCUCGCCGGGGAGAGCGCCGGCGGCAACAUAAUCCACCACGCGGCCAACCGCUGGGCUGCGGCCGCGCCCACCCCCAGCUCCGUGCGCGUCGCCGGCCUCCUGUCCGUGCAGCCGUACUUCGGCGGCGAGGAGCGGACGGAGUCGGAGCUGAGGCUGGACGGCGUGGCGCCGAUCGUGACCCUCCGGCGGGCGGACUUCUGGUGGAGGGCGUUCCUGCCGGAGGGCGCCAGCCGCGACCACCCCGCGGCGCACGUGACCGACGAGAACGCCGAGCUGACCGAGGCGUUCCCGCCGGCGAUGGUGCUGGUCGGCGGGCUCGACCCGCUGCAGGACUGGCAGCGGCGGUACGCCGACGUGCUGCGCCGGAAGGGGAAGGCCGUGGAGGUGGUGGAGUUCCCGGACGGUAUCCACGCGUUCUACCUCUUCCCAGACCUCCCCGACACCGCCAGGGCUAUCGAGCGCAUGAGGACGUUCGUGGAAAGCAACAGGCAACGAAGUUGAUUGAAAAUGCCAAAAUGGCUUGUAGUCCCAUCGACGCGUCGAAUAUGUAUUUUUGAAGUCCAUUCAAUUUUGGAAUUGGAUACACAUUUGUCCAUAGAAAAUUUGUGCGCAAUGGCAAAUAAUUCUCAAUUAGGCACUGCGUGGAUCAGGUGUAAUAUUUCAAUGGAGAACGUUUAUUUUCAACCGAGAAAAUCAGUCGGCUUAACAAGAUGCAA